UUGCAUCAGCAUCACCGAGAGCUGAUGUUCGCUUGUCCCCUCGAGAAAGGCACCCUUGGCAUUGGCAGUGAGCAGGCUUGAGUGACAGGCUGCAGUGCAGUAGGUUUGCCCGGGCUCCCCUAUAUGGCUGUGGAUUAGCUAUAUGCUAAUAUCGUUUGGAGAGAGGAGCAGCAGCACGGUGCUGCAAGCCGACAGUGGAGGCUAUCAGAGUCUAAGCAGGCUCCUCAACAGCCAUGGCUGAAGGUGGAGAAGGGGAGGAUGAAAUUCAGUUCUUAAGAACUGAUGAUGAAGUGGUGCUGCAGUGUGUCGCGAGCAUCCAGAAAGAAAAUCGCAAGUUCUGCCUGACUGCGGAAGGACUCGGAAAUCGACUGUGUUACCUGGAACCCACAUCAGAAGCAAAGUAUGUUCCUCCAGACUUGUGCAUCUGUAACUUUGUGCUGGAGCAGUCCCUUUCUGUGCGGGCCCUGCAGGAGAUGCUGGCCAAAACUGGGCCAAACAGCGAAGGAAGGCUCAUAAGAAAGGCGGCACAAGGGGGUGGACACCGGACCCUACUCUAUGGCCACGCCAUCCUCCUCAGGCAUUCCUUCAGCGGAAUGUACCUAACCUGCUUGAAGACGUCAAGGUCCUUGACAGAUAAACUGUCUUUUGAUGUGGGAUUACAAGAGGAUUCGACAGGUGAGGCCUGUUGGUGGACUAUCCACCCUGCCUCAAAGCAGAGGUCAGAAGGAGAGAAAGUGCGCAUUGGUGAUGACCUCAUCCUAGUCAGCGUGUCCACAGAACGCUAUCUGCAUCUGUCCAUCUCCAACGGCAACAUCCAAGUGGAUGCCUCUUUCAUGCAGACUCUGUGGAAUGUCCACCCUACCUGCUCAGGCAGCAGUGUGGAAGAAGGGUACUUGCUUGGUGGUCACGUGAUGCGUCUGUUUCAUGGGCAUGACGAGACCCUUACCAUUCCAGGGUCAGACCAGAGUGAAGAGGAACAGAGGAUAGUGAACUAUGAGGCAGGUAAAGCAGGUGCUAAAGCCAGGUCUUUGUGGAGACUGGAACCGCUCAGAAUCAGCUGGAGCGGGAGCCACAUUCGCUGGGGGCAGCCUUUCCGCCUUCGCCACCUCACCACGGGUCACUACCUGGCACUGACGGAGGACAGGGGGCUGGUGCUGCAAGACCGGGAGAAAUCUGACACGAAAUCCACUGCCUUCUGCUUCAGAGCCUCCAAGGACAAGCAGGAUUCCAGCCCGAAGCGAGAUGUUGAAGGCAUGGGGGUGGCAGAGAUUAAGUACGGAGACUCGAUCUGCUUCGUCCUACAUGUGGCCUCGGGGUUAUGGUUGUCCUACCAGGCGCCUGAUGUAAAAUCUUCUCGCCUGGGACCUCUCAAAAGAAGGGCCUGUCUUCACGUGGAGGGCCACAUGGACGACGGGCUGACCCUUCAGCGCUGUCAGCACGAGGAGUCCCGGGCUGCCCGCAUCAUCCGCAACACCACGCGGCUCUUCAGCCACUUCAUCAGAGACUUGGACAGCCUGAGAGGGAAGAAUCGCGUGGCAGUGGCCCUGCAUAUUGAGGAGGUCCUGCAGACCCUGAAUGACCUCAUCACCUACUUCCAGCUUCCAGAUGCCGAGCUGGAGCACGAGGAGAAACAAAUCAAGUUGCGUUCACUCAAGAACCGGCAAAACCUCUUCAAACAGGAAGGAAUGCUGACUCUGGUGUCCAACUGCAUCGACCGGCUGAACCUGUACAACAGCGCGGCGCACUUCGGGGAGAGCGCCGGGGAGGAGGCGGCCGGGGCCUGGAAGGACAUUCUCAACCUGCUAUACGAGCUGCUGGCCGCCCUGAUCCGCGGGAACAGAAACAACUGCACCCAGUUCUCCCAAAACCUGGACUGGCUGGUCAGCAAGCUGGAGAGACUGGAGUCCUCAUCAGGAAUUCUUGAGGUUCUUCACUGCAUCUUAAUUGAAAGCCCGGAGGCGCUCAACAUCAUUCAGAGAGGACACAUUAAGUCCAUCAUCUCCCUGCUGUACAAACACGGACGGAACCACAAGAUUUUGGACGUUCUCUGUUCCCUCUGUGUUUGCAAUGGAGUGGCUGUAAGAGCCAAUCAGAACCUCAUUUGUGAUAACCUGCUCCCAAAGAGGGACCUGCUCCUCCAGACGCGAUUGGUUAAUGAUGUCCAAAGCAUGAGGCCCAAUAUUUUCCUUGGCAUGAGUGAGGGCUCAGCACAGUACAGGAAGUGGUACUAUGAGCUGAUGAUUGACCAGGUGGACCAUUUCCUGACCAGUGAGCCGUCUCACCUGCGUGUGGGCUGGGCAAACUCCAAAGGGUACGCCCCCUAUCCUGGAGGGGGCGAGGGUUGGGGUGGAAACGGCGUGGGGGACGACCUGUACUCCUAUAGCUUUGAUGGUCUUCACCUCUGGUCAGGUCGGAUUCCCCGGGCAGUGGCCUCCAUCAGCCAGCACCUGCUGACCUCGGACGACGUGGUGAGCUGCUGCCUGGACCUGGGGGCCCCCAGCAUCUCCUUCCGGAUCAAUGGGCAGCCUGUGCAGGGCAUGUUUGAGAACUUCAACACCGACGGGCUCUUCUUCCCUGUUGUCAGCUUUUCUGCCGGGGUCAAAGUGCGAUUCCUGUUGGGCGGUCGCCAUGGCGACUUCAAAUUCUUGCCACCCUCUGGUUAUGCGCCGUGCUACGAAGCUCUGCUGCCCAAGGAGAAAAUGCGAGUGGAGCCGGUGAAGGAGUACAAGCGAGACUUUGAUGGCGUGAGGGAUCUGCUGGGCACCGCACAGUUCAUGUCGCAGGCUUCCUUCAUACCUAUGCCUGUGGACACCAGCCAGAUUGUGCUGCCUCCGCACCUUGAGAAAGUACGGGACAAACUGGCUGAAAACAUCCAUGAACUGUGGGGUAUGAACAAGAUUGAACUUGGCUGGUCUUAUGGUAAGAUGCGAGAUGACAACAAGAGGCAUCAUCCCUGCCUUGUGGAUUUCUCCAAACUCCCUGAAACUGAAAAGAACUAUAACCUGCAGAUGUCAACUGAAACUUUAAAGACCUUGUUGGCGUUAGGAUGCCACGUUGUCCACAUCCAUAUCGAUGCAGAAGAAGACUUGAAAAAGAUGAAACUUCCCAAGAACUACAUGAUGUCUAAUGGUUAUAAGCCUGCGCCACUGGAGCUUUCUGAUGUGAAACUGACCCCUGGUCAGGAAGUUCUGGUCGAUAAACUGGCCGAGAAUGCCCACAAUGUCUGGGCCAAGGACAGGAUAAAACAAGGAUGGACCUAUGGCAUUCAGCAGGAUUUGAAGAGCAAGCGCAAUCCUCGCCUGGUGCCAUAUGCUUUACUAGAUGAGCGCACAAAGAAGUCGAACCGAGAUAGCCUCCGCGAGGCUAUCCGAACACUGAUUGGAUACGGAUACAACAUUGAUCCUCCCGACCAAGAGAGUGCGGCGCAUACCUCUGAGAGGCUGAGCAUCGAUAAGAUACGGUUCUUCCGCGUGGAGCAGACGUACGCUGUGAAGACCGGGAGGUGGUACUUCGAGUUUGAGGCGGUGACGGGCGGAGACAUGCGUGUGGGCUGGGCGCGACCUGGCUGCAGGCCUGACAUUGAGCUGGGCAUGGACGACCAGGCCUACGUGUUUGAUGGGUUCAGGGGUCAGCGGCUGCACAUGGGAGGCAGAUUCUUCGGUCGCAGCUGGCACGCAGGAGACGUGGUGGGCUGCAUGAUCAACAUGGAGGACAAGUCCAUGAUCUUCACCCUCAACGGCGAGAUUCUCAUCACCAACAAAGGCUCCGAGCUCUGCUUCGCUGACUUUGAGACUGAAGACGGCUUCAUCCCAGUGUGCAGCCUGGGCCUUUCUCAGACCGGCCGCAUGAACCUUGGGAAGGAUGCUAGCACCUUCAAGUACUACACCAUGUGCGGGCUCCAGGAAGGCUUUGAGCCUUUUGCCGUCAACAUGAAUCGAGAUGUCACCAUGUGGUUCAGCAAGCGCCUACCAACCUUUGUCAAUGUGCCAAAGGACCAUAACCACAUUCAGGUAACCAGAAUUGACGGGACUAUUGACAGCCCACCCUGUCUCAAAGUGACCCACAAGACCUUCGGGACCCAGAACAGCAACGCUGACAUGGUGUUCUGUCGUCUGAGCAUGCCUGUGGAAUUCCAAACGGCCUUCAGGAGCAACCCGUCAAUUGACAUGAACGGAGUGCACGAAGACGACUCCCAAAAACCCAAACACAGGUAUCCCGUGAAGUCCCUGAAACACUCUGAGGAUGGAAGAAGGGCGGAUUACAGCAGCAUCACAAUGUACUACCACUCUGUUAGGGUGUUUGCAGGGCAGGACCCUUCCUGCGUGUGGGUUGGGUGGGUCACCCCGGACUACCAUUACUAUAGCAACCACUUCAACCUCAGCAAGAAUCGAACUGUCACUGUAACCCUGGGAGAUGAGCGUGGGCGAGUCCAUGAGAGUCUGAGGAGGAGCAACUGCUAUAUGGUGUGGGGCGGAGACAUCGCGAGCGCCUCCCACACUUCCGGUCGUAGCAAUGUAGACCUUGAGAUUGGCUGCCUCAUCGACCUAAUGACAGGCCUUGUCAACUUCUCUGCCAAUGGCAAGGAGCUACCAACCUCUUACCAGGUGGAACCAAAUUCAAAGCUCUUCCCAGCAGUUUUUGUGCUGCCAACUAGUCCCAACCUGUUCCAGUUUGAGUUGGCAAAGAUAAAGAACGCCAUGCCCCUCUCCUCGGCUAUCUUCAAGAGCGAGCACAAGAACCCUGUGCCACAGUGCCCGCCUCGGCUGGAUGUGCAGACUAUUACCUCGGUGCUGUGGAGCCGCAUGCCCAACACCUUCCUGAAGGUGGAGACGGCCCGGGUCAGCGAGAGGCACGGCUGGGUGGUGCAGUGCCUGGAGCCACUGCAAAUGAUGGCUGUGCACAUCCCUGAGGAGAACAGGUGUGUGGACAUAAUGGAGCUCUCAGAACUAGAUGACCUGAGGAAAUUCCACUACCACACACUGAAGCUGUACUGCGCCCUCUGUGCUUUGGGAAACACCCGGGUGGCUCACGCCUUGUGCAGCCACCUGGACCAGUCCCAGCUGCUCUACACCAUCGACAACCAGUACCUGGCGGGCAUGCUGCGCGAGGGCUUCUACAACGUGCUCAUCAGCAUACACCUGGAGACCUCCAAGGAGGCCCGGCUCAUGAUGAACAACGAGUUCAUCAUCCCGGUCACCGACGAGACGCGGAGCAUCCGCCUCUUUCCCGACGAGUCCAAGAGGCACCAACCCCCGGGCGUGGGGCUCAGCACGUCGCUUAAGCCCCGCUUCAAUUUCGCCCCGCCCUGCUUCAUCUCCAUCAAGCGAGACCAGCACCUCUCCAGCCCCGAGAUCCCCCUGGACAUCCUGAAGGAGAAGGCCAUCAGCAUGCUGACGGAGGCAGUGCAGGGUGGCGGUCACCACAUCCGCGACCCCGUGGGGGGCAGCGUGGAGUUCCAGUUCGUGCCCAUCCUCAAGCUGAUCGGCACACUCCUUAUCAUGGGCAUUCUGGGAAGCGAGGACGUCCAGAAGAUCCUGCUGCUCAUCGACCCCAAUGUCUUUGGCGAGCGCAAGGAGGAGGAGCCAGAGCAAGCCACCGAGAAGGAGGACGUGACCAGCAAUGAGGAGAAGGCCGUGGAAGCAGGAGAGGAGGAGGCCAAAGAUGGCAAGCAGCCAGUGAAGGGCUUGCUUGAGAAGAGGCUGCCAGAGUCAGUCAAAAGGCAGAUGUGUGAACUGCUUCAUUACUUCUGCGACUGCGAGCUGAAACACCGAAUCGAGGCCAUCGUGUCCUUCUCCGACAGCUUCGUGUCGAAGCUGCAGUACAACCAGAAGUUCCGAUACAACGAGCUAAUGCAGGCCCUCAACAUGUCCGCCGCCAUCACAGCAAGGAAGACCAAGGAAUUUCGAUCCCCACCGCAAGAGCAGAUUAACAUGCUUCUGAACUUCAGUAUGGGAGAGGACUGUCCCUGCCCAGAGGACAUCCAAGAGGAGCUGUAUGAGUUCCACAAUGAACUUCGCCUGCACUGUGGAAUCCCGAUUGAAGAGGAGGAAGAGGAGCAGGACACCUCCAUAAAAGGCCGCCUCCUUGCCCUUGUGUACAAGAUCAAAGGUCCCCCCCAGAAAACAGAGGAGAAUCCUACAGAAGAAGAACAGGCUGCACCUACCAACCUGAAGGAGCUGAUCUCCCAGACGAUGGUGAGCUGGGCGCAGGAGUGCCACAUCCAGGACCCGGAGCUGGUGCGCGUGAUGUUCAGCCUGCUGCGGCGGCAGUACGACUGUGUGGGCGAGCUGCUCCGUGCCAUGAGGAAGAGCUACACCAUCAGCGCCGCCUCCGUGAAGGACACCAUCAACCUGCUGGCCUCCCUGGGCCAGAUCCGCUCCCUGCUCAGCGUGCGCAUGGGGAAGGAGGAGGAGAGGCUCAUGAUUGACGGCCUGGGUGACAUCAUGAACAACAAGGUGUUCUACCAGCACCCCAACCUGAUGCGGGUCUUGGGCAUGCACGAGACUGUGAUGGAGGUGAUGGUCAACGUGCUGGGAGGAGACAAGUCACAGGAGAUCGCCUUUCCCAAGAUGGUGGCCAGCUGCUGUCGAUUCCUGUGCUAUUUCUGCCGCAUCAGUCGGCAGAACCAGAAGGCCAUGUUCGACCACCUGAGCUAUCUCCUGGAGAACAGCAGUGUGGGCCUAGCAUCUCCAGCCAUGAGGGGCUCCACUCCCCUGGAUGUGGCCGCAUCCUCAGUGAUGGACAACAACGGGCUGGCCCUGGCACUGGAAGAGCCUGACUUGGAGAAGGUGGUGAUGUAUCUGGCGGGCUGUGGGCUCCAGAGCUGCCCAAUGCUCCUGGCAAAGGGAUACCCCGACAUCGGCUGGAACCCCAUCGAAGGGGAGCGCUACCUGUCCUUCCUCCGGUUUGCAGUCUUCGUCAAUGGUGAAAGCGUUGAGGAAAACUCUAGCGUGGUGGUGAAGCUGUUGAUUCGGCGUCCUGAGUGUUUUGGCCCAGCGCUCCGGGGAGAGGGGGGCAAUGGCCUGUUGGCCGCUAUGAAAGAGGCCAUCAAGAUCUCAGAGAACCCCUCCAUGGACUUGCCCAGCUCCGCCCACGGGGUCAGCUCAGUCAUGCCCGCCGACGGCGAUGAAGAGGAGGAGGUGGUGCACAUGGGAAACGCCAUCAUGUCCUUUUACUCCGCCCUCAUUGACCUGCUGGGGCGCUGCGCUCCGGAGAUGCACCUUAUCAACAAGGGAAAAGGAGAGGCCCUGAGAAUCCGUGCCAUUCUGCGCUCCCUGGUGCCCACGGAGGACCUGGUGGGCAUCAUCAGUAUACCCCUCAAAAUGCCCAUAGUGAAUAAAGACGGCACCGUGACGGAGCCUGACAUGUCGGCCAGCUUCUGUCCGGACCACAAGGCCCCCAUGGUGCUGUUCCUGGACCGUGUGUAUGGUAUCGAGGACCAAAGCUUCCUGCUGCACCUGCUGGAGGUGGGAUUCCUGCCUGACCUGCGGGCCUCUGCCUCCUUGGACACGGAGGCGCUGAGCACCACGGAGACGGCCCUGGCCAUGAACAGGUACAUUGGCUCAGCGAUGCUGCCGCUGCUGACCCGCUGCGCCUCGCACUUCGGCGGCACUGAGCACUACGCCGCCCUCAUCGACUCCACGCUGCACACCAUCUACCGGCUGUCCAAGGGCCGCUCGCUCACCAAGGCCCAGCGUGACGCCAUCGAGGAGUGCCUGCUCGCCAUCUGCAAGUACCUGCGUCCCUCCAUGCUGCAGCAGCUCCUGCGCCGCCUCGUCUUCGACGUGCCGUUGCUGACUGAGUACUGCAAGAUGCCUCUGAAGCUGCUGACCAAUCACUACGAGCAGAGCUGGAAGUACUACUGCCUUCCCUCUGGGGGCGGCGGCUUCGGCAUGGCGUCUGAGGAGGAGCUGCUCCUCACCAAGAAACUCUUCUGGGGCAUCUUCGACUCGCUCUCACAGAAGAAAUACGAGCAGGAGCUCUUUAAAAUGGCCAUGCCCUGUCUGAGUGCCAUCGCCGGGGCCCUGCCGCCGGACUAUGUGGACUCCUCCCUCAGCACCACCCUGGAGAAGCAGACCUCGGUGGACGCCCAUGGCAACUUCGACCCCAGGCCCAUCAGCACAGCCAACAUUUCCCUCCCUGAAAAACUGGAAUAUGUUGCCAACAAGUACGCUGAGCAUUCCCAUGAAAAAUGGUCUGCAGAGAAGGUAACAUUAGGCUGGAAGUAUGGGGAGAGCAUUGAUGAGAAAGUCAAGACACAUCCCAUGAUGAGGCCUUACAAAUCGCUCACCGACAAGGAGAAGGAGGUUUACCGCUGGCCUGUGAAGGAGUCUCUGAAGACCAUGCUAGCUAUGGGCUGGAACAUUGAGAGGACCAAGGAAGGGGAGGCCAUGUUUCAGCAACGGGAGAGUGAGAAACUGCGCAAGAUCUCCCAGUCUUCUCAGGGAAAUGGCUUCAACCCAUGUCCACUGGACAUGAGCAAUGUGGUUCUUUCCAGAGAGUUACAGGGCAUGGUGGAGAUUGUGGCAGAAAAUUACCAUAAUAUUUGGGCAAAGAAGAAGAAAACUGAGCUGGGAAGCAGAGGAGGCGGGACACACCCCCUGCUGGUGCCUUACGAUACGCUGACUGCCAAGGAGAAGGCUAGGGACAGAGAGAAGGCCCAGGACCUCUUCCGUUUCCUGCAGGUCAACGGCUACGCCAUCACCAGGGGGCUGAAGGAUAUGGAGCAGGACUCGUCCUCCAUGGAGAAGCGCUUUGCGUACAAAUUUCUGAAGAAGCUUCUGAAGUACGUGGACUCGGCGCAGGAAUUUAUCGCCCACCUGGAGGCCAUGGCCACCAGCGGGAAGAAGGAUAAAUCCCCACAUGAACAAGAGAUCAAGUUCUUUGCCAAGGUGCUCCUCCCCCUGAUUGACCAGUACUUCAAGAACCACUCCCUCUACUUCCUGUCCUCUCCCAGCUCUAAUCUGGGUGGCAGUGGUUACGCAUCCAAUAAGGAGAAGGAGAUGCUCACCAGCCUCUUCUGUAAACUGGCAGCUCUUGUCAGACACAGGAUUUCCCUCUUUGGGAGUGACUCUGCCACCAUGGUGAGCUGCCUGCACAUCCUGGCUCACACGCUCGACACCAGGACAGUUAUGAAGUCAGGCUCAGAGCUGGUGAAGGCAGGGCUGCGCACUUUCUUUGAGAAUGCGGCUGAGGACCUGGAGAAGACUCUAGAAAACCUGAAGCUGGGGAAGUUCACGCACUCCCGCAGCCAGAUGAAGGGCGUGUCCCAGAACAUUAACUACACCACAGUGGCCCUGCUGCCCAUCCUGACCGCGCUGUUCGAGCACAUCACCCAGUACCACUUCGGAGUGGACCUGCUGUUGGAUGAUGUCCAGUUGUCCUGUUAUCGUAUCCUGACCAGUCUUUAUUCACUAGGAACAGGAAAGAACAUCUACGUGGAGAGGCAGCUGCCGGCCCUGGGUGAAUGUCUGGCCACCCUAGCAGGAGCCAUGCCUGUGGCCUUCCUGGAGCCCCACCUCAACGUGCACAACCCCUGGUCUGUCUUCAACACCAAGACCCCCCGAGAGCGGGCUAUCCUCAGCAUGCCAGACUCGGUGGAGGAGAUGUGCCCGGAGAUGCCCCGCCUGGAUGGCCUGAUGAAGGACAUCAACGACAUGUCGGAGUCUGGGGCGCGCUACACUGAGAUGCCCCACGUCAUCGAGGUGGUUCUGCCCAUGCUCUGCAACUACCUGUCCUACUGGUGGGAGAAGGGGCCGGAGAACACAUCUAACGGUAGCAGCAGCAGCUGCUGCACCACAGUCACCUCCGAGCACCUCAGUGUCAUCCUGGGGAACAUCCUCAAGAUCCUCAACAGCAACCUGGGGAUUGACGAGGCCUCCUGGAUGAAGAGGAUCGCCGUGUAUGCCCAGCCCAUCAUCAGCAAGGCACGGGCGGACCUGCUGAGGACCCACUUCCUGCCCACACUGGAGAAGCUGAAGAAGAAGACAGUGAAAGUGGUGGCAGAGGAGGAGCUCCUGAAGGCCGACAGCAAGGGCGACACACAGGAGGCGGAGUUGCUGAUUCUGGAUGAAUUUGCUGUGCUCUGCCGGGACCUCUAUGCCUUCUACCCUAUGCUCAUCCGCUAUGUGGACAUCAACAGGUCUAGGUGGUUGAAGGAGCCAGAUGCUGACUCCAAUGCACUUUUUAAGAUGGUGGCAGAGAUCUUCAUCCUCUGGUGCAAGUCCCAUAACUUCAAACGGGAGGAGCAAAACUUUGUGGUUCAGAAUGAAAUCAACAACCUGUCCUUCCUUACUGGAGAUAGCAAGACCAAGAUGUCCAAGUCAUUUCUGGGAAAGACAGGGGGUCAGGACCAGGAGAGGAGGCACAAGAAAAGGAGGGGGGAAUUCUACUCCAUCCAGACCUCCCUCAUAGUUGCGGCCCUGAAGAAGCUGCUGCCCAUCGGCCUCAACAUGUGUACCCCGGGAGACCAGGAGCUCAUAUCUUUGGCCAAGAUCCGCUACAGUCUGAAAGAUACGGAUGAGGAAGUCAAGGACCACCUGAGACAAAAUCUGCACCUGCAAGAGAAGUCAGAGGAUCCUGCAGUGAGGUGGCAGCUGAACCUGUACAGGGACGUGGUGGUGAAGAGUGAUGGUCCUCCAGACCCCGAGCGCACCGUGGCCCGAGUACAGAGCAUCUCCGCUGCCGUCUUCCACCUGGAGCAGGUGGAGCAGCCACUGAGGUCUAAGAAGUGUGUGUGGCAGAAGCUGCUCUCCAAACAACGCAAGCGCGCAGUGGUGGCGUGCUUUCGCAUGGCUCCACUCUACAACUUACCCAGGCACAAAAAUAACAAUUACUUCCUGAACGCCUACCAACACUAUUGGCUGGAAAAAAUGCAUGAGAACACAGACUAUGACAGUCUGCUCUCCAUGCUAACGAAGGUCCACAAGAAGGUGGAGGAGGAGGAAGAGGAGGAGGCAGAAGUGCAACCUGACCCGCUUCAUCAGCUCAUCCUGCAUUUCAGUCACAAUGCUCUCACCGAACGGAGUGCCCUGGAUGAAGAUCCUUUGUACAUUGCUUAUGCUGAUAUGAUGGCUAAGAGUUGUGCAGAAAAUGAAGAGGAGGAAGAAGAAGAAGGGAAAGAAAAGACCUUUGAGGAGAAGGAGAUGGAGAAACAGAAGACUCUGUACCAGCAGGCCAGACUGCAUGACCGCGGGGCGGCUGAGAUGGUGCUGCAGAUGAUCAGUGCCAGCAAAGGUCGGCUGGGACCCAUGGUGACCUUCACUCUCAAACUGGGAAUCUCCGUCCUCAAUGGGGGCAAUGUGGUUGUCCAGCAGAAAAUGCUGGAUUACCUGAAGGAAAAGAGAGAUGUUGGUUUUUUCAAGAGUUUAUCUGGACUCAUGCAGUCUUGCAGUGUCCUGGACUUGAAUGCAUUUGAAAGGCAAAAUAAAGCAGAAGGUCUUGGAAUGGUCACUGAGGAAGGAUCAGUCAACGUGAGUGAGCGGGGUUCCAAGGUACUGCAAAAUGAUGAGUUCACCAAGGAUCUCUUUAGGUUCUUGCAACUUCUUUGUGAAGGUCACAACAACGACUUCCAAAACUUCCUUCGUACUCAGACAGGAAACACCACCACAGUCAAUAUCAUCAUCAGCACGGUGGACUACCUUCUCCGUCUGCAGGAGUCCAUCAGCGAUUUCUACUGGUAUUACUCGGGAAAAGAUGUCAUGGACGAGCCUGGGCAGCGUAACUUCUCCAAAGCCCUGGCUGUAGCCAAGCAGAUCUUCAACUCUCUGACUGAGUACAUUCAGGGCCCCUGUAUUGGAAAUCAGCAGAGUCUGGCCCACAGUAGGCUGUGGGAUGCUGUGGUGGGGUUCUUACAUGUCUUUGCCAACAUGCAAAUGAAGCUCUCACAGGAUUCAAGCCAGAUUGAGUUGUUGAAGGAGCUGCUGGACCUGCAAAAGGACAUGGUAGUCAUGAUGCUUUCCCUUCUGGAAGGUAAUGUGGUGAAUGGGACAAUUGGCAAGCAGAUGGUGGACACCUUGGUGGAAUCCUCUAGCAAUGUGGAGAUGAUCCUGAAGUUCUUUGACAUGUUCCUUAAGCUGAAGGAUCUGACUACUUCUGACAGUUUCAAGGAAUUUGACCCUGACAGCAAGGGCGUAAUCUCUAAGAAGGAAUUCCAGAAGUCCAUGGAGAACCAGAAGCAGUACACCCAGUCUGAGAUUGAGUUCCUGCUCUCCUGUGUAGAGGCCGAUGAGAACGAUAUGUUCAACUAUGAAGAGUUUGUGGAGCGCUUCCAUGAGCCUGCCAAGGACAUUGGCUUCAAUGUGGCGGUGCUGCUAACCAAUCUGUCAGAGCACAUGCCCCACGACUCACGGCUGGCUGCCUUCCUAGACCUGGCCGAGAGUGUGCUCAACUAUUUUGAGCCCUACCUUGGCCGCAUUGAGAUCAUGGGCGGCGCCAAGCGCAUUGAGAGGGUGUACUUUGAGAUCAGUGAGUCCAGCAGAACUCAGUGGGAGAAGCCACAGGUCAAGGAGUCCAAACGGCAAUUCAUCUUCGACGUAGUCAACGAGGGCGGAGAGAGCGAGAAGAUGGAGCUCUUCGUCAACUUCUGUGAGGAUACCAUUUUUGAGAUGCAGCUUGCUUCCCAGAUAUCUGAGCCGGAUGCUGUGGAGCGACCAGAGGAGGACGAGGAUGACGCCCACAGCAUCCUGGAAGAACUGGAAGAGGAAGAAGAGGAGCAUGCCUUGGAGUCAUCCUCUGCCUUCACUAUUGCCUGUGUUUCCAUGAAGAAGAACUUGUCCCACUUCCGUCAGCAGAUCUCAGUCAGGAACAUGCGCAAGCAAUUCAAGAAGUUCAGGAAGAUGAGCAUCCGGGAGAUGAUUAAGGGUUUCUUCUCCUUCUUCUGGAUGAUCUUCACUGGUCUCUUCCGCUUCAUGUACAACCUGGUCUGGGGCUUCUUCCAUAUCCUCUGGACUUCCAUGUUUGGUGGGGGCCUGGUGGAGGGCGCCAAGAAUAUGAAGGUGACAGACAUUCUGGGCAACAUGCCUGACCCAACGCAGUUUGGAAUCCAUGGUGACGUGCUGGAAUCAGAGAAGUUGGAGACGAGCGAAUCAGCAUCAGGGGCCGAGAUGGUACAGAUGGCAAAAGGGGACCAGUCUGAGGUGGAUUUGAUGACGGAGCUGAUGAACAUACCACCUAAGAGAGAAGGGGGGAAGCACGGACCUGAACCUGGCCUGGGAGAUGUCUCUGAGAUCGUCGGAGUUGACGCACCUUCAUUAGCUAGUGCCGUAAAGCAGAAAAAAGCUCAGAAAGAGGCUGCAUCUAAAGAGACAUCGGAGGUUGAUCAGAAGGCAGAGACGGAGAAGGCAGACACAGAGGAUGGCGAGAAGAAGGACAAGGCCAAGGAGGAGGAGCCUUCAGAGCCCGCAAAUGAGGAGAAGAAAGUCCCCAAAAACAGACCUGGCCUGAAAAAGGAGGAACCAGAGGCCUUCAUGGCCAGCUUUUUUGCAGGAUUAGAAGUCUACCAGACUAAGAUGCUGAACUAUCUGGCGAGAAACUUUUACAACCUUCGCUUGCUGGCUUUGUUUGUCGCCUUUGCCAUCAACUUUAUCCUUCUCUUCUACAAGGUGACUGGAGAUGACUCAGGUGACGAAGACCCUGACCCCUGGAAUGGCGAUGAUGAAGAUGAGGAUGAGGGUGGUAUGGAGUACUUUGUGUUGCAGGAGAGCACUGGCUACAUGGCUCCAACUCUACGCUUCCUGGCUAUACUCCACACCAUCAUCUCUUUCCUUUGUGUGGUGGGAUACUACUAUCUAAAGGUUCCCCUGGUGGUGUUUAAGCGAGAGAAGGAGAUUGCCAGGAGGCUGGAGUUUGAUGGCCUGUACAUUACGGAGCAGCCCUCGGAUGAUGACAUCAAAGGACAAUGGGAUCGGCUGGUCAUCAAUACCCCAUCCUUCCCCAAUAACUACUGGGACAAAUUUGUGAAGCGAAAGGUCAUUAAUAAGUAUGGGGAUCUCUACGGGGCCGAACGUAUUGCGGAGCUAUUGGGUCUGGACAAGAGUGCCUUGGACUUCAACCCCACAGAGGAGACAGUGGUGAAGGAGGCCUCAUUGGUGUCCUGGCUGAGCUCCAUUGACACAAAGUAUCACAUCUGGAAGAUGGGCGUAGUGUUCACUGAUAAUUCUUUCCUCUACCUGGUGUGGUACACCACCAUGUCCAUCCUGGGGCAUUACAAUAACUUCUUCUUUGCUGCCCACUUGCUGGAUAUUGCCAUGGGCUUCAAGACACUGAGAACCAUUCUGUCCUCUGUCACCCACAACGGUAAACAGCUUGUGUUGACUGUGGGACUGCUAGCUGUGGUAGUGUACCUCUACACAGUUGUGGCCUUCAAUUUCUUCCGCAAGUUCUACAACAAGAGCGAGGACGAGGACGAGCCUGACAUGAAGUGUGAUGACAUGAUGACCUGCUAUCUGUUCCACAUGUAUGUGGGCGUGCGUGCUGGCGGUGGUAUCGGUGACGAGAUUGAGGACCCAGCAGGCGACCCCUACGAACUCUACCGCAUUCUGUUCGACAUCACUUUCUUCUUCUUUGUCAUUGUCAUUCUGCUGGCCAUCAUCCAGGGUCUGAUCAUUGAUGCAUUUGGAGAGCUGAGAGAUCAGCAGGAACAAGUGAAAGAGGACAUGGAGACUAAAUGCUUCAUCUGUGGGAUUGGUAAUGACUACUUUGAUACGACCCCACAUGGCUUUGAGACACAUACCUUACAAGAGCACAACCUGGCCAACUACCUGUUCUUCCUUAUGUACCUCAUCAACAAGGACGAGACGGAGCACACUGGUCAGGAGUCGUACGUUUGGAAGAUGUACCAGGAGAGAUGCUGGGACUUCUUCCCUGCCGGGGACUGUUUCCGCAAGCAGUAUGAGGACCAGCUGGGGUAGAGAGGACACAGCGCUGUCCGACCCCGCUCCACUCCCACCAUCCCCAGCGACACUCCACAGACUGCACCCAAAACUUUGUCCAGCUGAACUACCACACUCCCAGUGACGCAAGUUAACUACUGAAAACGUAUGCCUCUUUUAAACUUUAAAGAAGGACUAGACGCACGAGUCGUAAUGCUACCUUUUGUAUUACGGAAUAACCAUUUCAUAUCAACGUAAGGUGUUUUCCUGUUACCUAUGGUACAGUGCCACGUGCCAAUUUACAAGAAACUGCAAAGUCCAACCUGCCCAGACAUUUGUUUUUCUUCUCUUUUCUGGAACAGUCCGUUUUUUUGACAACGCGUUGCCUUUCCUCCACCUAACCCCAAACCAUUGCACAAAUUUUUUGUCUUUUUGAGAAACUCUGGAUUGUGUGGGGUUAUGGAAUGAGGUGUGAAUCUCCACCCUAAUAUGCACAAGAAUACUACUUCAAUAUUCACUGAAUGUUGGAAAUGAGACUUAUGCCAAACCCUAGGGUGAGUAGAUCUAUAUAGAACGAAGUUGUGUUUUAUUAUACAUGGUGUCAAUCUGCUUGCUGAGAUGAAUAAUACAGUUUAAAAGAACCGUCCAGCUAAAAGGUUGAAAAUGCUAUGAAAAUGCCUACUAUAAAGUAUUAAUAAAGUGCCUUAACAACAUGACAAAGCUAUGCAAAACCAUUUCUGUUCUUUCUAGAAUGUUAGUGCUGUAGUUCUCCUGGAUUAGCAACAAGCAGAUGUACCUAGGUUAGUUUUGUGGCUUUUGUUUUCAUUUGUUUUUAAAAAAAAGAAUAAGGUUGGACUGCGUUAAUGCUCUUUGGUUGAGGUUAUUUCGAAAUGCAGCAUCCCUACUGCAAAAUGUCACGGUACAAUGAAAAAAAAAAAACACAAGGAAAUCAUGUUUCAAAAUUUGCUGAAUACUUUAAGACAAAAAUGCUGUUGUAUGGCCAUUUGUAUGUAGUAGCUUUGCUAAACUGUGCUCUUUUAAGGAAAAGAAAUAAAUUACCCAGUGCAAUAA